CCUAGAUUUAGACGAAGGAACCCUCCUCGUUCGAACCCUCCUCGUUCACCGAUCGUCGGCGGUGAUCUCCUUCACCGAUCCCGACGAGUCAUCGGAGUUCGAACCCUCCUCGUUCCGAUGCUUCCCCAUGUUUAAUUUAUAGAACGUUUAAUUUUAGAUUUGUAGAAGAUUUAAAUUUAUUUUUAUCUAAGAAAAUUACAAAAAAAUCUUAGAUUAGACUAUUUUUUUCAGUGUAAUUGUUUUUAGGUCAUCUUUCUUUUUAUAUUUUUUCAUUAUAAUUGUUUUAAUGUUAGUAUAAUUUUUUUGCAGUAUAAUUUCGUUGCCACCAUUGCAAGGGUGCCCUCAAGGUUCAAUUUGGUGUUCUGUUCUGCAAAAUAGUUAAACAAUGGAUAAAAGUUGGGUACAUUUUGAUCGCCGAAGUCCAGAUUAUGUUGCAGGGUUGAACUUAUUUGUAGAUGAAGCCCUUGCCAAGUCUAGUCGUAAAGAUAAGAUCACAUGUCCUUGUAAAGAAUGUUGUAAUCGUUAUUUUGAAGAUAAGAUGACUGUGGUGGGACAUCUUCUUUGGCAUGGAAUGGACCCUUUAUACAUGAAUGCUCGAUGGACACAUCAUGGUGAGCCUUACGUUGAAUCAACAAAUGUCAUGGAAAUGGAUGUUGUUGAAGGAGGAGAUGUAGGUGAAAUGCAUGAUUUCCUUAAUGAGACAUUUGUGCAACCAAAUAUUGGUGAGAACGUAGGGUCAUCGAGGCAACCUGUUUUUGAUGGUCGAACACCCGAGGCAGAGCGAUUUUUUAAGUUACUUGAACAAGCUGAUAAGGAGUUGUAUCCAGGAUGCAAGAAGUAUAAAAAAUUGGAUGCCGUCGUAAAAUUGUACCAGAUCAAGUGUUUGGGAAAUGUGACUAACAAGGCUUUUGAUAUGUUUUUAGAGCUUUUUAAAGAUAUGUUGCCUGAGGGAAAUUGUUUGCCACGGUCUAUUUCACAAGCUAAAAAGAUUAUUGAUGAUUUGGGCCUUACUUAUGAGAAGAUUGAUGCUUGCCCUAACGACUGCAUGUUGUUUUGGAAAGAGACAACAAACUUAACCGUGUGCUCUACAUGUGGUGCGUCAAGAUAUAAAGUGAAAAAAGUAACAAGAGUUGGUGAUAGUUCAACUGGGGAUAAUUCUAUUAAGAAAGUAUCAGCUAAGAUUCUCCGUUAUUUUCCACUAACACCGAGGUUGAAAAGGUUGUAUAUGUCAAAACAUACUGCAGAAUAUAUGAGAUGGCAUGCGACCGAAUGCCCUAAAGAUGGAUUUAUGAGACACCCGUCAGAUUCUCCAGCUUGGAAGCAUUUAGAUUCGUUGUACCCGAAUUUUGCAUUUGAAAUUCGAAAUGUAAGAUUGGGUUUGGCAAGCGACGGGUUCAAUCCUUUUGCACAUAUGAGUAGUGAUCAUAGCACUUGGCCCGUCGUAAUUUCUGUUUAUAAUCUGCCUCCGUGGAUGUGCAUGAAGCAACCCUUCUUGUUUCUUUCUUUACUUAUUCCAGGCCCUAAUGCACCUGGAAAUGAUAUUGACGUGUACUUGAAACCUUUAACGGAUGAGCUAAAGGAGUUGUGGGAAGUUGGUGCCAACACUUAUGAUGUGUUUUCCAAUCAGUCAUUUAACAUGAAAGCUGCUGUGUUGUGGACAAUAAAUGACUUUCCUGCAUAUGCGAAUCUUUCGGGAUGGAGCACGAAGGGGAAGCUUGCAUGUCCUCAGUGUCAUCAUCAAACAGUAUCCAAACGCUUGCCUAAUUGUAAAAAGCAAUGUUAUUUGGGUAAUCGUAGAUUUUUGCCCAUAACGCAUAGAUUUCGAAAUGAUGGAGCUUCAUUUGAUGGCAAAUGCGAGAGGGGUCAAGCACCAAAGAUGUUGACCGGGGCCCAGUGUAUAGCACAAAUGUCUAAUCUGACCUUUACCUUUGGGAAAUCACCACCUUCAGAAUCUGAAACUGAUGAUAUUACACGAAAAAAGAAAAGGAAAAGAAAUACUUCUGCUGCCUCCAAAGAACAAAGAAAUGAUGUUAUGCAUAUUGAGAAGAACGUAUCAGAAAAAAUUUUGUAUACAUUGUUGGGCACUUCUAAAAGGACAAAAGAUGGACUUGAAGCUCAUGCUGACCUAGAACUUCUGAAUAUAAGGAAAUGUCUCCAUCCAAUUCGUGUGGGAGCUAGGUCAUACUUACCUCCUGCAAUAUUCUCUAUGACUAAUGAAGAAAAGACACUAUUUUGUUGUGUAUUAUCGAAGGUGAGAGUUCCUGAUGGAUACUCAUCAAAUGUUGUAAGGUCUGUUGAUGUGAAGGAUUGA